AUGUCCGCAAACCCAGGUCCCCAGGAGGCCCCGUACGAGUAUUCGAGUCAGUCCCCAGUGGAUGUUGAUCCCAAUGUGGAGGAAGAUUACAAUGCUGCAGACGAUUCGCAGUCCGACUUGACCUCUCUUCGAAGUAGUAUCACGGAUUACUAUUUUGAGAACGGGCGCCGUUAUCAUGCAUUUCAUGCGGGAGCUUACUGGGGCCCGAACGACCAACAAGCGAUCGAUCAUAUGGAGAUAGCGCAUUAUCUAUACAAUGUCAUUCUGCGAGGCCAGCUGUAUUUAGCACCGAUUCCGCAGAACCUGGAUGCUGUCUUGGAUGUUGGUACGGGAACUGGUAAUUGGGCCAUUGAAUUCGCCGACAUGCACCCAUCCGCCCUGGUCAUCGGUACAGACCUCUCCCCGAUCCAACCCUCAUUCGUCCCACCAAACCUCCAAUUCGAAGUCGACGAUUGUUGUGAUCCGUGGCUGUUCCGAAAAGACUACUUCGACUACGUCCAUGUUCGUGGGCUGUACGGCUGCGUGGCGGACUGGGGUGCAUUCUACAAAGAAGCGUACAGCCAUAUCAAGCCGGGCGGGUAUAUCGAACAGCUUGAGCAAUCCGUGGUACCAAAAUCCGACGACGGCACGACCGACGGCACUAUCUUCGAGGAGUGGGGAAAAGUGUCGCUUUCAGCUGGCGAUGCCUUUGGAAAGACGCUGCGAAUCGUUGAUGAAUCCCGCAAUGGGUUGAUCGCCGCUGGUUUCGUCGAUGUGGUUGAGAAGAGGUACAAGGUUCCGUUCGGGCCUUGGGCUAAAGAUCCCCAUAUGAAGUUGCUGGGAAAAUUGAAUCGGAUGCAUACUGAAGAGGGGAUUGAGGGAUACACAAUGAUGCUCUUCACUAAAUUCCUGGGUUGGACUCGGGAGGAAGUUGAGGCCUUCCUUGACCGGAUGCGUAAAGGACUGCAUGAUCCUAGCAUUCAUCCUUAUCAGGAGGUUAACGUGGUAUACGGAAGAAAGCCGGAGAGCCAAUCGAAUUGA